GCUGGCCGAGCACGCGCGGCGCAAUGCCGGCGGGGCAUGCUUCACGAGUCCGGUGUUUAUAUAAGCGCAUCUUGCAGCUACACCGGGCUCUGCCCCUGGACCUCAAAGCCCUGGGCGACCAGUACGUGAAGGACGAAUUUAGGAGACAUAAGACUGUUGGUUCUGGCGAGGCCCAGCGUUUCUUGAAGGAAUGGGAGACAUAUGCAGCAGUGUUGUGGCAACAAGCAAAGGACAGCAGACAAAGUUCAACAGGAGAAGCAUGUUUUGGCACCUCUCUCCCAGAAGAAAAACUUAAUGACUUUCGUGAUGAGCAAAUUGUACAGUUGCAAGAGCUGAUGCAAGAAGCUACUAAACCCAAUCGGCAGUUUAGUAUCAGCGAGUCCACAAAACCGAAAUUGUGAUACAGUAAUCCUAAGAAAGCAUGUGGAAUGUAUCACCUCUUACCCCAUCUACUGUUAGCUCUUUAAAACAUAUCCUUUCAGCGUUAAUGGUGUACUCUCUUCUUUUUGGACAACAUGAAUGAUAUAUGGACCAAGACCACCAAUGCACCCAUGCCAUCAUCGCAAUAACGUUUAUUUACUGUGUGGAAUGUAACUUUUGGACUAAAGAAAGGUGUUAACAUUUUGCAAUUGUGCUGGAAAAAAGUUAUUUCUUAAGUAAAUGUGUUUUAAAUUCUA